AAGAGAGCUCAGGUAUGCAUUACAACGCGCCAAGUAUUUCCGAGGACUCGUAUUUACGGCAUCGACAACAGGAAUAUCAGCAACGACAGCGACAAGUCGGUGAACAUACAAUUUACGUGUACGGUGUUCGGCAAAAAACUCGUGGUCGCAGUUGUUCGCCGAGAUUAGAUCAAGAAGGAUCGUCGGGACGCUUGUUGGAAAACGGAUCUCCGUCGGAGCUCGAAGACGAAUCGCGAAUGUCGAGAUACCGCGAGGAACUCGAUACGAAACGAUCCUCCUUUUCGAAGCAGGACCACGAAUCGACGAAUUUCCUUCGAGAUCCGGAGAAUGGAAGCGUAACGUGUUUCACCGAGGAUAUGGUGUCCGCGGUGGCAGGCCACUACGGAGAAUCGGAGAGUCAUUCGCCCGAUAGAACUUCCCCGCACGAAUACACGAUUCACACGGCCGAUAGGCGUCACAAUUCUUUUGGAAAAACGUCAUUUUGCAUCGACGCGCUUCUCGGCCGCGCGACCGGCAAGCAGGACAACCUCGAUUACGAUCGAUCCGAACGGAGCCAAAGAUUGUCGUUCGAAACUCGACAUUCCGUCGCGGACGAAAGCAAUCCUUGUUUAACCAAUUGUUUGAGUCGAAGUCACGAACAAGAAUCGUCUUGUAUUCGAGCCGGAAUCGCGAGCGGAACAGGAACCAGCGGCGGAGUUGGAGCAGGAAUAGGAACAGGAACAAGAACAGGGUUAGGGAGCGGGGACAUUGCCGGAAGCGGAACGGGAGUCGGGAUCGGGAUCGGGAUCGGGAUCGGAACCGGAACCGGUAUCACGGUUAUUGGAACGGAGGAACAAAGGACACCUUCUAUGGGAAGUAUAUUGAGUCCGAUGUUCGACAAGUCGAUUCAACGAGUCUCGAAUUCGCCAAAGUUGGAGAUUGUUCGCGAGGAUAGCGAAAGACAAGAGAGAGCCGUACGCGACGUUCGCUUGUUGGAGGGUCGCGCGGAUCGCGCGGAAACGAUUGAUGCAACCGCGAUUUCGAUUCAACGAGGUAAGACAAUGUUGAAAGAAAGCGAAGAGAUCGGUGUCGCCGGUGGAGGAUUUCCGAUCGAUCGAUUAGAAAACGUCGACGACGAUGCUUCGAUCGAAAUUGAUCGCACGAGGACGGGAAGCGCUAGCUCGGGAAGCAACGCGAGUCGUAGCCCAGUUUCGAGUCCACCGAUUUCCCCAGGUUCCGAGGAACCUAGUAGCAACAGCAUCCCCGGUAAUCCGAAUUUACAGAGCAGCCACUACGGUGCACUGGCCAGUGCCGGUGGUACCGCUAUAGCUCGGCAAAAUCAAACUCUUCUCUUGCACCCGACCGGCCCUCUUAUUCACCCCGGAGGAUUAUAUUACCAUCCGGCGAGCGGUAGCGCGUUUCAUUCUAUACACAAGGAAACUCAACCCGUUGGACAUUCGCAAACUGCUGGACCUCAUCCUCAGCAACAUCAUAUUCAUCCUCUUCAACUCGAGUGGUUAGCCAGAACUGGAAUGUUGUAUCCGAGGCUACCCGCCGAUUUAGCCGGUUGCGCAGCCCAACACGCUCUUCUUGGAAAAACUAGGAGGCCAAGAACCGCUUUUACGUCGCAACAGCUUCUUGAAUUGGAAAAACAAUUUAGACAGAACAAAUAUCUUAGCAGACCGAAGAGAUUCGAAGUGGCGACCUCGUUGAUGCUUACGGAGACCCAGGUAAAAAUCUGGUUUCAAAAUCGACGGAUGAAAUGGAAAAGAAGUAAAAAGGCGCAACAAGAAGCACGGGCGAACAACAAGAUGGAGGACGGUGGAAACGUUAGAAACACCGAGAGGGAAGCUGGAAGUGAUCCGAAUCCAAACUCACCGAGUUCGCAGGACGAUGGUAAAGGAACGUUGCAAGAAGCCCAAAGAAGUACGAACGAACUACAGGAACCACUUUAUCGGCCUUACGUGGUAUAAAAUUCUGACCAAAAUAGCUGACAUAGCAGUGUGCCAAACAAGAACUAACGAUAAUGUAAGUUGUUGUUGCGCGUACUUCUGUACAUUUCGCUAUUUUCUACAGAACGUUCGAUCGCUUUCGGGGACGAAUUUUAAUACGAAUAUCGCCGUACGUAGACCGUAUAGAGGAUAACGUAUGAAAAGAAAAUAUGCGCGAAUGGAUUUAUCGUCCAUACGCGCAUCGUCUAGACUUUAAAACGAGAGGAAAACGAAAUCAGAGUACGUGUACAUAGAUAAGUACCUACUACAUACUCUAUGUCGAUGUAAGGAAAUUACAUACAUAAAGUGUGGUCCGUUAUUUACAUCGAAAAGUUGUAUGUAAACGUAGGGAAUAGUAUCUAUCGUAUAAUCGACGAUUGCACGAUCGCUACUAUCGACAACGAUACGUGCGCGUAUGUAAGUAACUAUGUAUGUCCGCACGAAGUUGAUUCAAAGUUUUUCGGUUAAACAGUUUCUUCGUCUAUGUUAAACGAGUUUACAGACCGAACACUAAACGUCUACGUAAACGUGUUUUAUUUGGUAUCGCGAAGACACGAUUAGGCCCGAUUAACGAACAAACGCGCGAACGAUAAGUAAAUUGUACGUAUACGAAUAACGAGUUCCGAAUCCCGAUUUUGCUAGUCCUAGUAUUGUACAGAAGCGAACGAAAUAGAAAAAGUACGCGCAUUAAAGAUUCCAUCUACACGAUCGUAACUCUGUUUUAAAGUUGCUCUAAAUUCUAGAUUUACACGAAUCGAUCACGCGCACCUAUUUAUGAUAAAUGAUAUAUAACUGUACAUAAUAUUGAUAUACGUGUAGGAUAGAGAGUGCGAUGCGAAAGAAACGUCUUAUGUUAUGCCGCAACAAGUUCCUAAAAUAAAUGAUGAAUAUCGAAGCUGCAGAAGAAACGUUCGUUUCCGUUUACUACUUUUCUCUCUAAAACGUUCGAUCGUAACCUCGUGAAGAGCCAAAGAGUCAAACUCAGAUCGGUAUACAUACUUCCUUUCGUUUUCCGUCCGCGUCGAUAACCACCUAUGCUUCUCGUCAACUACCGCUCAGCUACUUUCCUACCAAAUUUUUCAACGCGACACCAGUUUCUCGCCAGUCGUCGCACUCGAGCGAUCGACGCGACGCGAAGCGACGCGACGCGACGCGACGGAUCAUCAGUAUUUAUGAUAUGCUAAUUCCCCGUUACAAAUUCCGCGAUGUUUCGCGGAUGACUGCUUCUACUAGUUGUAGCCAUAACGGAAGCCGACCAAGCCGUUUCAAAAGACAAUCGUCCACGAAGGGAUGAGAAAAAGAAAAGAAAAAUUAUAUUCGACAAGGUUUCGUUAACGCGCGCCUCCGAACGUUUGAAAAGCGCGAUCGUUGCGUAGCCAGACCGAUGAAAUUGAUCAGAAUCGACACGCCUUAUUCCCAACGUCUAGGAUCUCCCGAAGGAUUUGUUCGCGUCGCGAAUCGACGCGAAGCGACGGUAAGGUAUGACAUCGACAACGGUGCGGUUACCAGAGGACGUAUCUAACCGUGAAAAAGUUUGUUCCGUCAGAUUGGUAAGUUUACGAAAAUAAUGACACGAUACGAGAAUAGGGAGAAAAGAAAGUUCGAUCGAGUAAUUUCUGGCUGGGUCGAUCAGAUGCGAAAUGUUUUUCACGAUCAGGUCAGGCUUGCGAUUCGAGGAAAUGCCGCGGCCGGCUAGCCAGCCUCGUCGUUCUUUAGAAUUUGACGAUUUCGUAUUAGUUGAUCCGAUCAGAACGUUAGAACGCGCAGACGAUGGAAAUCUUGGCUGCUGCGGGCGGAGGAAUGGGACGGUCGCGUGGGGCGUUUCGCGAGACUAACUAGAGGGUGGCGCAAGAGUAGAGAGAGUGCGGACGAGCACAGAGGCGGGGUACUCAUGUUUAUAUGCAUUGUAUUGCUAAAACCCUUUUAACCGAAUUACAUUUAGCGAUUCUAGUGCCGUUUUCCCGGCUCUCCUUCCCCGAGUCUGCCAGUGGCCCGCGCCACCCCUCGUCGCGUCCCUCGCGAUCCCUCUCUAUCUCUCGCGAUAUCCAUCGCGCUAUCCCUCGCGCUAUCCCUCGGUAACCGUACCUCGCUACCCCUAACACGCUUUUCACUCUCGACUCUCGAACUCCCAACCUUCGAUUCUGGCUUUCUGUCCUUCUCCUCCUCGGUAUGUGUCGCGUGCUCGUGCCAGAGGGACGAACGCGCUAUACGCUGCGCUGUUCCGCUCCAAACUCACCAACGAGAAAGAGGAGAGAUGCGCUACCUCUGGUUGGUAGUGGCGCGUAGUCGUAGUGGGGUUGGAAAACCGAUGGAGCCAGAUUCCGAGACUUGGAACGGCAUCCCUGCUGAAUUCUUGAUUCUUUUGGUAAACAACUGCUUAGGUGAUUCACUGCUUGUUCGCUCCUAUCGGUCGUCGUUUGUUUCUAGACGCCAUUGCGUUCCGUGAUUCUACCUCGUUUUCCGGUCUAAUGGCUUUCCGAGACUAACGGAACGAUAAGGUUACCCCCUAUUUUUAUUUAUCUUCUCUAGCCCUUACUUUUCCAUACCUUCCCUUAUUUUCCCGCCGCUGCGUUCUUCCUUCUACGUACGCGCGGAUAUGCAUAUUUAUCGAUACCCUAUCGAUGAUCAGUGUUAUCGUUGCGACACAAAAUUCGCUUUACCGAGUAAACUAAUUUACCGCAAGUAAGCAAGUAAGUAAGUAAGUUCGCGAGACGAUCGCGAAAAUAACGUCAGGGAACCAAACAUUCGACUCGUUUCGUUCGCGCGUCUCGUGGCGAGUUCCAUCAUUAGCGUUAACAAGGUUGGCCUACGGCUACAAGGGGUUAGAGGACUUUACCCUUCGUCGGGUUAACCUCUAGGUAUACAUGCGCGCGCAAACACGUGCAGAAAUGAACACGAAUAGAUAGAACGUACGCGCAUACACGCUACCACCUACAUCCUUCCUCGUAACUCGGUUCCUCCUUCGAACAACAAGGGAUAAUAAGAUCUAGGACAAUCAGCCCCAAGGACGUUGCUAAGCGAGCAUUCCGAUAUACGUGCUAUCUACACGAUGAGCGUUUAGACCAUGUCCGCCACACGUUAUGUUCCCGUCCUUCUUUCCUCCUAACUUAACGUACACUUGUUUUCGCGCUCGCAACUAAAUACUACUUAAGUACUUAAGUAAGUCCGCCGUGAUUCCAUUUCACAUUUGCUCGAACUUUCACCCUCUCCUACUGGGGAAGAAAGAAGAACGAAUACCGGAAAGUGAGUACCGUUUAUUUCUCUCGAGUACUUUCUCUUUCGAUGUUUCUUUAUUUCGUCGAUCAAAAUCGUAAACAAAACUAUUCGACGUUUAACUUUACGUAAAUUUUUCUUAAGGAACAGAUUGUCUUGUUUCUUUGCUAAUUUCGAGGUUAAUCGUAGCAACUAUCGAUAAAAUACUCUUAAAUAAAAGUGGACCCUGUAUAGAUAUACAUAUGUAGUUAACGAUACAGCGAGAGAAAGAAGGGUAGAAAGCAGAGAGGAUGGAUGGAAAAGAAGUAAACGGAUAAUAAAACAAAUAAAGAGAGAAUAUUGUGGUAUAGAACGAGCAAACUCGUAGAAGGAAGCAUUGGAGGGGCUGAAAACUCCGGCGAGACGCGAACGGAGAGGAUGAUGGUGGGAAAGUGGAAGGAGCUAACCGCAUCGUAAUCAACGUAAAAUGGCGUCGGAAACGUAGAACGAAAAACGAGGAAGGUAAAAUCAUGAUAAAAAUACAUGUAUGUGUAUCACCGCUAUCGAUCGUUAUUCGCCUCCUAUUACCGAUUUAUGUUAUGUUCCUUUUGCUGUUCGUUCAAACGCUUUUAUCGAGCAACCCUGAUGAUCACUUUACUUUUCAUUAAACUUCGUUAAGUUUAAAUUGAAGUUUAAAUUCUUAAUUAAACUAUUAUAGCUGUUUUUAUUAAUUAUUAUUAGUAAAAAAAGGUGUAAAACAUGACCGAUGGUUUAUUGGGAAAUAAUAAAAGGAGAAAGCUGAAAGAAUUUCGAAUGCUUCGUCCUUGUAUGUUUUUUCAAAUUUACUGUG